AUGGGAAACAGCUAAAAAAAAAGGAAGUAAUAGAAUAACUCUUAAAAUAUUCUAUAAGAAUUAAUGAAAUCCGACUUGAAUGCUCAAACUCAUAUUGACUUACAAUUAAAAAAUUGUACUCUUAGUAACAAAUAAGUUGCUUAACUUAACAAUUGUUUAGUAUAAUGCUAAAAAUUAGAAUCUUUAGUACUAAAUCUUAAUAAGGAAAAUAUUUCAGAUGAUUAGAUAAAUUAAUUAUUUGCUCAAUAUCACUACAUAAAGGAUUUUGUUGAAACUGGUAAUAAUGUGAGCAAUGAUUAAAUAUACACCCAAAUUUUGUUUUUCCUAAAUAUUAUUUACAAAAAAAAACAUUAUGAUCAAGAAUUUAGAUUAAAUGAUAUUUAAGGUUAAGGAAAUAUUCUAUUAGAAGAAACUAUGAGCAAUCUAAUUAAUCUUAACAGUUUAUAGCUAAAUUUAGAUGGAAAUUAAUUAGGAGAUGGAGGUGCUGCUUGGAUUUGCAAAGUAUUAUGUAGAUGCAAAACACUUAAUAACUUAAAUCUGCAGCUUUGGAAAAAUAAAAUAGGUGACAGAGGGAUAUCGAGUAUUGCAGAAGGUAUUAGUAGUUGUGCUAAACUCACAACUUUAACUUUAAAUGCAGUUGAAAAUUUAUUUGGAAAAGAAGGUGCAUUUUCUAUAAGUACGACGUUAAGUAGUUGUAAAAUGUUGACUCAUUUAGAUAUUAACCUCUCUAACAAUUUAAUUGGAGAAGAAGGAGCAUCAUCUAUUUGUAUAUAAUUAGGCAGAUGCUAAUUACUUGAGAAUUUAAAAUUGAUACUCUAUAAUAAUUAAAUUGGGGAUGGAGGAUUAUUUUGUUUUGGAACAGCAUUAAGUAACUUACAGUUACUUAUUAAUUUAAAACUUUGUCUUAGGGAAAAUAAAAUCUCUGAUAAAGGAGCACUGAACAUUGGAUUAGGUUUAAGUAAGUGCAAUCAACUUAAGAAUUUAGAUAUUCGAAUAGACAAAAAUUAAAUUGGGGAGGAUGGAGCUUCAACUAUUGGUAAAGCACUUGGUAACUGCAAGUUCCUAACUAAUCUCAAAUUUUAUAUUGGGAACAAUAAAAUUGGUGAUAAAGGAGCAUAAGAUAUUGGAUUAGGUUUGAGUAAAUGCACUCAACUUACAAAUUUAGAACUUGGGAUAAAGGACAAUAAAAUCGGUGAUAAAGGAGCAUAAAAUAUUGGAUUAGGUUUGAGUAACUGCACUCAACUUACAAAUUUAGAAUUUGGCAUAAGCUAAAAUUAAAUUGGGGAUGAUGGAGCUUCUACUAUUGGUAAAGCACUUGGUAACUGCAAGUUCCUAACUAAUCUCAAAUUUUACAUUUGGGACAAUAAAAUCGGUGAUAAAGGAGCAUAAAAUAUUGGAUUAGGUUUGAGUAAAUGCACUCAACUUACAAAUUUAGAACUUGGGAUAAACUAAAAUUAAAUUGGGGAUGAUGGAGCUUCUACUAUUGGUAAAGCACUUG